AUGGAGGUCUUCAAGAAAUAUUGGUGCAGUACUCGUCCCCCAACAGUCCAACCUUGUUACAAGGGAUCUUCUUUUGAAACUGCAGGACUUGUUAGAGGAUUUUCAAUAUCGAAUUUUGAUUGGAGGAGGAUUCAAACGAGCCAGAAUGGGAGUGCAGAUGCGAAUGCUCAUCCAAAUUUUACGCAGAACAGAGAGAACAUAAACCCCAGAAGGUGGAAUAAUCUGGUCCAGAAUGGGAAAGCAAAUGCAGACGCAUCUCCAGAUUUUAUGCUAGAUAACUUGGGUGGCAAGAAUGAUGCUGAGACUGGCUUGAAUUCUAGGCCUAUGGACUUUGUAAGAGGAAUUAUGGAUAAAGAUAAUUUUGUGAGGGGUUCUUCUUUUCAGUAUCAAACUGAGCAGGCUGACUUCGUUCAUAUAAAGAUGUUACGUAAUAAUACCUUCGUGACUGUAACAGAUUCUAAAGGAAAUAUAAAACUCAGUGGCUCUGCUGGUUCAUUGAAAGACCUGAAAUCAGGGCAGAAGCUUUCUAGGUACGCUGCCGAGGCCACAGCGGAAGUUGUUGGCAGGAGGUCUAGGGGUUUGGGAUUGAAAUCUGUUGUCAUGAAAGUGAAUGGAUUUACUCAUUUCAGGAGAAAAAGGCAAGCGAUAAUGAGCUGGAGGGAGGGCUUUACUGCCGAUUCUAGAGGGGGUAAAAAUCCAAUUGUAUACAUUGAAGAUACCACCAGAAAACCCCAUAAUGGCUGCAGACUACCAAAAAAACGACGUAUUUAG